GGAAGAGACACGCUGAAAAAAUAAUAUAGCUUAAACAAGUUUAUCAGGUUGAAACCUAUCUGUAAUAGUUCAAUAAUACUACUUUUCUAAUUAGUUCUACUCGAGUUCACCUCGGCGGGCCUGAAUGAACGUCUGUCCACUUACCUUUUAUCAGUCGGCGUGAAAAUAAAAUAGCAAUACGCACGGGCAGUCGAAGCUACAACACAGAGUGAACAAUUUGAUUCUGUCGUGUUAGAUGGUAUCCAUCCAAACGUAUAUCAAAGCCAUUUAACCCCAAAAAGAUUCCGUCUGCGGAAGGGAGGAUGAAUGACAUGUUUCCAUGGAGACAGUAUAUAUGGCCGCUUAGCUGCGGCAAGGAGUUUUCUAGAAGAUGAAAUAAUGAUGACGGGAAGAUGAAAUGUGAUGGCGAGCCAGUAGAUAAAAUUGUGUUAUUCCGUGUGAUGGAGAAACGAAAAAAUCUAUCGGCAUGACAUGGACGAACGAGGGCGGUGCACGGGCGGUGUGACGGAUAGGCAAGCACUCGAUUCUCACAGACAGGUCUGUAGCUACGUAGUAAUACUUGUAGUAGUAACGUGAUGGUCUCAAUCUGAUGUUCAACGUUUGGACGGUCGUGCUAGCUAAUACCGUUGUGGGAACAAAACAAAUCUCACUUGAUACACUGGGGAGUCACAUUUGGAUUAUCGCUGAAGACUGGAGGACACACCGGCGAUGACAUCUGUCCAUUAAGUAACUACCUAAGUCAUGGUAUUACGUUCGAAAAAGUUGUACGUGCUUCUGAGCAUGAAGCAUCGUUGGUAAUGGUCUUUAUUCGAUUCCGAAAGUAGCGGUUAUGUCGCGCAAGGGAAACUACCAAAACAACGAGCAAGCACGUGACUAGCUUCAGUUUGUGCAUAACAAAUAAAACAGAAUGCGGUUCCACUUGCCUUGGUUGAAGUAAUACAUUUUCUCGUCACAAUAUGGCGUUUCAUCUCGACACCGGGAACAUCUGAUAUGAUACAGUUGGCUGGUACUCUACUUCUCUGCCACAAUUGAAAUGCCUAAUAUGAAAUCUGGCCUCAAUUUUGCUUCCAGUCGUGAAUUUAGAUUAAUUGUUAGAUGUUAAAAUGUUCAAUGAUAACUUCUCACAGUGAAAUCAAUUUGCCUUUUGUCUCCGCGAUUGAUUGAUAUUUCAAGAGGAUGAGGUUUACUCGUUAAUACAAUAUCAAUCGGCUAUGCAUAAUGGAAGAAAAGUUUCCGACUUCUACGAAGAAGUUGGUGCUACUCCUAUCCGCCGAAAUGGCCCAAGGCUGUGUGGGGAUGACGAGAGAAUACUGUUGAACGUAGGUGGGGUACGCCACGAGACCCAUGUGGCUACCCUGAGGAAUAUACCAUGUACCCGUCUUUGUAAGUUGGCCGAGCUCCACGUGAUAUCUGCGGACAGCAAGAGAGAUGAAUAUUUCUUUGACCGACAUCCCUCAGUUUUUAACUCUGUCAUUGACUUCUACAGAACAGGAGAACUUCACGUUCCGUUAGAAGUAUGCGGUGCCGUGGUGAAGCGGGAACUCGACUACUGGCAGGUCAACCAGUACUGUAUCAAAUCCUGCUGCUGGCGACACUACCGUUCAUACAUCGAGAACAAAGCUAUUCUCGAUUCCUUCAACCGCAGUCUCGAGAAGGAGCGUUUUUACGUCAACAUCGACGAGUAUGAAGGAUGGAAGCGAUUUCAGAUGAAAAUUUGGCUCAUUCUAGAACACCCUAGGACAUCACGACUUGCCAUGAUAUAUGGCGUGGUCUCUCUACUGUUUGUCAUUGUGUCAAUCCUUGGAUUCUGUUUGGAGUCGCUUCCUAUUCUCAGGCCAAUGAGGAACAUCACGCGCUCCGAUAACACGACCUCCACGUGCGGCGAUGGGUCACAGAGAGUACAGGUCAUGACUCAAAACGAGGGUCUCAAUAUACUCGACAUCAUAUGCACUGCGUAUUUCACAAUAGAAUUGGCAGUGAGAUUUGUAUUUGCACCGGAAAAAAUUCGGUUUGUUCGAUCUAUGAUGAACAUCAUAGAUUUGUUAGCGUUGGUUCCCCUGUAUAUGCAAUUAGUGUUCAACACUGACCAUUUACAGUUUUGUUAUGUAAACGAACGUUUAAUGAUCGAAAUCAUGUUUGUCUUACGAAUUGUUCGAAUGUUCAGAAUUUUUCACCUCGUGAAACACUACCAAGCAUUGAAGAUAUUGGUUUAUGCUCUCAAAGCCAGUGUUCAAGAGUUGCUCAUGCUUGCUAUAUUCCUCCUCAUCGGCAUGCUUGUGUUUGCAUCCAUGAUCUACUAUGCAGAACGAAAGGACGCUGUUCAACCAAGCGACAAAUUCAACACAAUUCCAAUGGGAUUUUGGUGGGCCCUUAUUACUAUGACUACGGUAGGGUACGGUGACAUUACACCCACACAGCCUAUCGGUUACGUUGUAGGGGCCGCUUGUGCUGUCAGUGGUGUAUUGAUGAUAGCGCUUACCAUACCUGUAAUAUCAAACAACUUCACGCUCUUCUACACGCAUGUGCGAUCACGUGGUACAAAAGAAGAGGAGCGCGACAAAUACAGAACAAGUCGGAGCACGUGCGUAAAUAACCCUUUCCGGGAGAACUCAUUGCUCACAAAUUCGGACGAGGAUGGAUACGGGACAAUCACAGUUGUUGGCAACAGAAAUCCACCCGAAGAAUCAUACAUAGAAACGUACAUGAAUGGACAUGCGACAAUUAAACAUUUCUCCGGGAAGGAAUCGCCAAAGUAUAAAUAUUUCAAAACAAUUAAAGAGGCAACGUCCCUGAAGGAUGUUGUUAUUCGAAACUCCGAUUUUGACUUACAUAGGGCUUAUGAAAAAGCUCGUUCCGACGAUGGUGUCACCUAUUCGGAGGAAACAGUUUUGUAACAUCCGAUUAACUUUUCUUUCGUUUAGACGACAAUCGUAUGGCAGAACUUAACUAGGCAUUGCGAUCCUCAACUCUACAAGGGCUGUGGAACAUUUAAAACCUGUAUAUUAUCAAACAUAUCCAGAUGAUUCCUAUUUUACGUUACAUGGCCCAAGUUUCAUGAACUUUACUUAAUAUACGAAAGUGUUUUCAAGAAAGGUUAACAUUAUGACGGCAACUUUCCUUAAAUUAAAAGAUAACACCUUCCUUGAAAAAACCCACUUACCGAACAUCACCUAGUAUGACACCUAAUUGGAAAAAAACUCAAGUUGAGGAAUGUUCGUGAAAUUUCGGCCUGUCAAGCGAAUUGUUCUUAAUCCCCAUUUUUUCUUAAACACGGCAAUUGAUUGAUUUUUACACGUACACACAUAUAUACACACAGGUAUUGGUGGUUCUUAUCAUGACUAUACGUACACAGACAAAUAUAUAUAUACAACAAUUGGUGGUUCUCAUCAUAAUUUAACCUAUACACAUAUAAACAUAUACAACAGUUGGUGGUUCUUAUCAUGAUUACACGUACAAAAGUAUAUACACACAAGUAUCGGUGGUUCUUAUCAUGAUUACAUGUUUAUACAUAUCUACAAACAAGUAUUGGUGGUUUUUAUCAUGAUUACACGUACACAGUUAUAUAUAGACAAGUAUCGGUGGUUCUUAUCAUGAUUACACGUAAACACAUAAAUACAAACAUCAAUUGGUGGUUCUUAUUAUGAUUAGACCUACACACAUAUAUGUAUAUACAACAGUUGGUGGUUCUUAUCAUGAUUACACCUACACACAUAUAAACAUUUACAACAAUUGGUGGUUCUUAUUAUGAUUACACCUAUACACAUAUAAACAUAUACAACAAUUCGUGGUUCUCAUCAUAAUUACACCUAUACACAUAUAUACACACAAUAUUUGUUGAUUUCAUCGUGGUUGCAAGCACACCUAAACAUAUCCACAAUCAUUGGUGGUCCUUAUCAUGAUUACAAGUACACGUAUAACUAGUUCAUUGUACACACAAGUAUAUACAAAAUAAUGUACGUUUAAAGAAAGUAAAACAGAUUGUUCGGUCAACGAAAUCCAAAAAAAUUGCACGGUUAAAGAAAUUUAAACAAACUUGUACAAUUUAAUGAAGCCUUACAAUUUGAAUGGUCAAAGAAAUCCAAACAGAUUGUGCGGUUAAAUAAAGUCAAACAAAUUGUACGGUUAAGAUAUUUAAAGAAACUUGUACAGUUUAAUGAGGCCUUACAAUUUGAACGGUUAAAGUAGUCAAACAAAUUGUAUGGUUAAAGAAAGUCAACAAAUUAUACGAUUAAAGAAAGUCAACAAAUUGUACAUAUAUCAACGAUCACAUUAUAUAUAUUCAGCGGAUAAAACUCACACUUUGACUUAAAUAAAAUAUUGACCCAAUGAAGCUUGAAGCAAA